AUGCUGAGCAAGAGCGUCCAAGCCGCCACCGUUCUUGCUCUGCUUGUCUCGACUGCUCAGGCGCAUGAGCAUCAUGAAGACAAGAUCCCUGAAGGCGCUGCUAUCUCGCCUGACCCUCUAGACACGACAUUAUGGGUCCACAUCCUCGUUCAAAUAUUCGCUUGGGGCAUUCUGUUCCCCGUUGGCAUGGUCCUGGGUAUCGUCCGCUCGCGAUGGCAUGUUCCCGUCCAGAUCACUGCCACUGGCCUCGCCAUCUUGGGCUACCUGCUCGGCCACGCCCACAAAGGUCGCCAAUUCAGCAAGAACGUACACGCGCAAUAUGCCCCUUGGUUGAUGAUGAUGCUCUUUGCUCAAGCCGCCAUGGGCAUCUAUCUCAAACUCCACAUUGAACGCGGCUUUCUGGGCAAAAUUAGAAAGGCGAUUGUCUCUGCACACGGUAUACUGGGCAAGAUCAUGCCGAUAGCUGCUUGGGUCCAGAUGCUGUUUGGUGGAAUUACAGCCCUAGGCUUCUGCCAGGGCGAUCAUGUCGGUCAAUGUGCUGCCCACUUUAUCAUGGGAUCCGCUUUCAUCGCAUACGGCAUCGUUUACACCAUCCUCCUUCUCGUUGGUCAGAUCUGGCUGCGCCGCACUGGCCGCUCGCAGGAGUUCUACGACAGUCUUGUCAUCGCUGCUUGGGGAUGUGUCAACACUUUCACCGAACACAGAUGGGGAGGUCCCUGGGUACGCAAUGACUUGCAGCACACCAGCAUGGGCAUCAUUUGGUGGUGCGCAGGUCUUUUGGGCAUGUGGCUAAGCCGCGACCGCCGUGGCCGUCCUAAGCGCAACCUCAUUCCUGCCAUUGUCAUCGCCAUCACUGGCUGGGCCAUGAGUGGUCACCCUCAGGAAUUGCACCUGAGUACUAUGGUACACAGUGUCUUCGGUUACACCUUGAUGGCUGCUGGUAUCACCCGCAUCAUCGAGAUCAGUUUUGUGUUGAAAGACGCCAACUCCAUUUCCGAAGAUGGAGAAGAUACCAACAGCUUCCAGUUCCUACCUCCUUUCUUGCUGUACGCCGGUGGUUUCCUCUUUAUGGGCGCUACCGAAGAGCAGAUGCUACUUUUGUCCAACGCCGGUGUCACCCACGUUACUUACAUUCUAAUCCUCUACAGCUUUGCUUUCCUCCUCUUCCUUUUCGUGAACAUGCUUCUUCGUCUGUAUACCUACUACGCGGAAGCUCCCACAAAUGGCAAAACCCCCGAUCCCGAGAUGAGGCUCAAUGGUUCUGCUCUGCCAAAUGGACAUGCUCGUAUUCCAGACGCAAGCGACCGCCAGAUAAGAGACGCGGAAGAGUUUGAGUUGGAAGGUCUCAUGAGUGAGGACGACGAGGAUACGCCCAAGCACCACUAG